GCGCAUAUAGCAACCACAUCAUUCUGACUUUUGAAUCGUUGCCUGAAACUAUGGGCGCUGAGGGCUCCAAAACCACGCAGGACCACCCUGCCCGACUGGUGCCUACAACUACCACUGUCAACAAAGCGAAACUGCAGUCCAAGUGGUGGACCUUACAGGUGAGUGGUGCUGCCGCUGCUCCUGCUUGCUUGGAAGGUUAUGGGCGCCAGUAUGCCUCAUUGUUUGAGCGCCACUGUGGUGAUAAUCGGAAAGAGCAUCAGAGAUGUAUGCGGAAGGGGAAGUUUGACCCUUUGGAUAUGAAGACAUGGUAUCCAACAUGCGGCGAGUCUUAUGAAUUUGAAACAUCAUGUGCCAUCAGCCUACUCCAGGAGGUGGACGCACGGUGCCGCCCGCAGCUGGACAGCGCGGCAGAGGCGCUCAGCGCGGGGCAGACCAACCCGAAGCUGGCAAAGCAGAUGGAAAGCAUCGGCCAGUGUAUGGCCCAGCUUGCGGGAGACAAGGGAGUGAAGUUGCAGCUUGACGCGGCCCAGGCCAAAGAGAGGUACAGACUGAGCAGCCAGUUGCUGUCCAGAUGAUGCUUCAGGCCAUCCAGCCGCCGAAAAAAGCAGCUUCCUAACCAACAUGUCAAUGUGUUGCUGUAUCCUGUAUCCUUGAAAGCAAGCCACAGCAUGUGGUCCGCGGGAAGUUUUCUUCACAGAAUGGCACAUGCUGCAAUGACUUGCAAUUAUUCUUCCACAGCUUUUGCUGCUCAAACAAUGGAACUUUCGUGCUCAGCAUGCUUGCCUGGUCGCUCUCGUACUUUUUUGGGCCGCAAUUGUCCCACUUCACUCCCGCCGCUACCUAGCCAGACAUUCUGUUGUUUCACGCUAGUGUGUCUAAUACAUGUCAUACUUACCUUACGUUUGGCUCAAGGAAACAUGCAGGUGCGGUUUGUUGACUCGUGUCGGCCGUUCGCCUGUCACUACACAUUCCAUCAACCACGUGGACAAGUACGUUCCCAGUAUUGGAAGGAUAGCUUCUGGAAAGAUUUUCUGGAAGUCGCAAGUAUACAGUCCACUCAACAGUUGUCAUCGUGACCCGACCAGCAACUGGACAUGGCCUCCCAACGGCCCGAAGGCUGAGAGAUGGAGAGAUGAUGGGAUGGAGACCGAAGAGAGAUGAGACGGAGCGUCAAGAGGUUGUUUUUUUAGAUAUAGUUUUAUUUUGUCGCACAGCGGCAAGUGCACAGACUUGCCGGGGUGCAGCCUCACUUUACAAGCAGGAAAGUAAGUGGGACAGUGGGACAGCCGGGGUAGCAGGGAAAGAACACUAGACAAACUUGGCAUGUGAGUGAGGGCGCUGUGCCUGGCUGGUGGUCGAAGGGCUUCGAGCAGAGGAGAAAGCGGCCGAUUUAGACCGCCAAGGCCAGUCUGCGCAGGCUGCUCUUCACCAUGCGAGGGCAGCAUCAAAAUUCAAAGAGGCAGCUGAGGUUUGCCCUGAGGCGGACCGGGAGGAACUCGAGGGUCAUGCGCAGGACAUUACCGCAAGGGCCGUGUACUUGGAAAGCCUUGGUGGAAUGCCUCCAUCCAUGCCCUUAGAAGACCACGUGGGCGAGCUCUUGAUAAGCUUAGACUUAUCCGCGCUGCCCCGCUUAGCCUAGGCGUCAGCUAG